UCCUCUCCAGCCCCGAGCCGCCGCCAGCCCCGGCCAUGGCCAGCCCUGCGCCCUAGCCUUCCCGGCGGUGGCUGGGGAGGGGGAGCUUGGCGAGGGGGGGGCGCUGACCCCCCCGGAAGGAGGGGGAGCGCUCCGGGCAGCAGCAGCCGCUCCUGUUGCGCGCCGAGCCGCGGUUUUGGAGAGACAAUACCCGCGGCGCAGGGCGAGCCCAGCCGGGGCGCGGAGAGGGGGGCGCGGGGCUGGGCGCCCGGCCGCUGGCGGGGGCAGGAUGCGGCUCCUCCGGGCCCCGCGUGUCGGCGGGUGAGCGCCUGCCGGGGGGGAGCGGAGAUGCCCGGAGCCCUGCAGACAAAGGAGCCGGCGCCCCGAGGGGAGGAGGCGGCGGAGAGGGGCGCAGGCUCCCGGGUUUGAGCCCCUUGGGGCCGCCGCUGGAUUCGCCGCUCACCAUGCCCCGGGGGAGGCAGCAGGACGCGGGCUGCGGAGGGGCCCAGGCACCCACCGAACCGGCCCGGCCUUAGGAGAGCGAGCGGGGCCGCCCCCCUCCCCUGCCCCUGUCUCCCUCCCCCUCCAUCACGAGCUGCCCCCCGUGCGCUCCCUGCGCCCCCCGGAGAUGUGUCCCCCCGGCGGCGCUGGCCCCUCUCCCCCUUGCUGCCCCCUCGAGGCCCCCCCACAGGCCCCCUCCUCCCCUUCUCCCGAGGCGGCGGGCGCCGCGCAGGGACAGAGCUAAGCGCCCACCCUCCGCCCCGGGCGCCCCCUCGCCCCGGGCGCCCCUCGCCCCUGCCCCAGCUCUCCGAGGCGCGGCAGCCGCUGGGCCCGGGGUAAAUGAUGUUCAAGUACCGGAUCCGCAUGUUCUUCAACGAGCUGAAACUGCUGGUGCUGAUGCGGCGGGGCCGCCCGGAGCCCGAGCCCGGAGCCGGGGGGAGCCGGGCGCCGGGGGGCAGCGGCUGCGGCUGGCCCCCCUUCGCCGACUGCUCGGCCCGGCAGGACGAUGAGGCCGAGUACUACGGGGGGGUGGCCGAGCCCCGGCCCCGCAGCCUGGCCUUGGAGGAGAAGGAGCCCCGGCCGCCGCCCCCCGGCCAGCAGCCCGGCCAGCAGCCCGGAGCCGGGGGGGCCCUGGACACCGUGUCCCUCAGCAGCAGCCUGGACAGCGGCAUGAGGACCCCGCAGUGCCGGAUCUGCUUCCAGGGGCCCGAGCAGGGGGAGCUGCUUAGCCCAUGCCGGUGUGACGGGUCCGUCCGCUGCACACACCAGCCCUGCCUGAUUCGCUGGAUCAGCGAGAGGGGCUCUUGGAGCUGUGAGCUGUGUUACUUCAAAUACCAGGUGUUAGCCAUCAGCACAAAGAACCCCCUGCAGUGGCAGGCGAUUUCCCUGACCGUCAUCGAGAAGGUGCAGAUCGCAGCCAUCAUCCUGGGCUCCCUCUUCCUCAUCGCCAGCAUCUCCUGGCUCAUCUGGUCGUCCCUCAGCCCCUCGGCCAAGUGGCAGCGGCAGGACCUGCUCUUCCAGAUCUGCUACGGCAUGUACGGCUUUAUGGACAUUGUCUGCAUAGGUCUGAUCAUUCACGAGGGCUCCUCGGUGUAUCGAAUCUUCAAGCGGUGGCAGGCAGUGAACCAGCAGUGGAAAGUGCUGAAUUACGACAAGGCCAAGGACCUGGGGGAGCCCGUUGGCGGCGGGGCGGCCAAGGCCGGGGGCAGGAAUUCACGGACGAACCCCUCCUCCGGGAGCGAAAGGAACCCCCGGCGGGGUCAGCGGGUUAGAACGAUUUUGAACCAUCACUGUGGCUACACCAUCUUGCACAUCCUCAGUCACCUGCGGCCGAACGAGCCCCGCGGGGGCGCCAGCUCCGGCCGGGAGGUGGUCAUGAGAGUGACGACUGUAUAACGCCGCCUGGCCGGUGGACGGGGGGGCUGGCGCGAGGAACACCCCGGAGAGCUGCUCCUGCAGGGGCGGGGGCUGCAUCCCAGGGAAGGGCGCAUGCCAGCCAUCUCCGCCCCACUGUUUCCACCUCAUCUUCCUACUCUGGGGGCCGCCCUCCCUGCGUCUCGGCCCGCACCCGGCUAACCUCCCAUCAAUGUGAAAAUUCCUGCGGGGGAAGGGACCGGGCCGGCCCCUUCCUGCUGGCUCCCCUUGCAACCCCUCCCUGAUUCGGGGGAUGGGAGAAGAUUGUUAUCAACCCCCCCAGCGACGACUGAUCCAGGGGGCCGAGAACGAACGUGCUUACCUCAUCAUCGGUCAAACAACAAUCCAAUCAACCCGCCCCAACUCCCUGCCCACCGUGCCGUGAGUCUCCGCCCCGGAGACGUCAGCUGGAAAGGCUCUGAACUCCUCGUCCCCCCUCAAAAAAAAAAGGUGCAAUAAACACAUUUCUAAAGCAAAA